UGCAUGAUUUGCUUCUUUUUUUCAAAUUUGGAGGUGCUUUUUUUUCUCACUUUCUCUGGAAAUUUGGUCACCACUGGAACGAUGCGCAUGAAUGACCCAUUGGUACACUGCUGACUACUUCUGCUUUUCCUUUGCACUUGAUUUUGAGAAGAAAAAAAAAUAGACUGCAACAAGUUGGCAAUACUGCAGACGAUAUCUGGAGCCAGAAAUCAUGAAAGACAACUAUGGUGGAUAUGAGAACCAGCUUUUCAAAGAGGAGGACUUCACUGGAGAGGAGGAGGAAAUGCCUUCAUUUAGAGGUCGUAGUCGAGGUGGCUGCGUGCGGUGCCAGCAGAGCCAUUCUCUUCAACUGGCUGUCAAAAUCCUCUAUGGAUUUGUUGCCUUCCUAAUCAUAACUGUUGCAGUGCUGGCUUCACUUGUGUUCAGGAAGGUGGACAGCCUCUCUGAAGAAGAAUCAGCUUACUACAAAAAGAUCACAAAGGUCCAGCAAGGAAUAGAGGAUGUGAGGGCCACAUCUAACUGUUCAGGCUGCCUGGAUGCAACUCUGUACAGUGAGGAGAUCAGUAAGCUGAAGAAAGAGUUUGAAGACAUUCAGAGAAUGAUACUGGCACAGGAGCAGGUCCUGGACCAAGCCUCCAAGACCCAGGCGACGCUAAAGGAUACAAGUAACCGGCUGACACGUGACAUCCAAAACCACCUUAUGUCAAUCAAAGUUCUCAAUCAGUCACUGGAAAGAUACCUGGAUCGGGUGGAGGGCUGGAAGGACGUGGUUGAAGAAACUCAGGAGAAGAUAAAAACACUGCUGGAGGAUUCGUUUGACAUCAAAGCUACAGCACAUCAAGUUAAUACAACAGUGGCACACAGUACACAGUGGAUAGAUGCCCUGCAGAGAAAAGCAGAUGAGGAUACGUAUGUCCUCCAUAAAUUAACCAGUGACUGGCAGAACUACAGCCGGGUUCUGAGUGCUAUCAAGUCCAACACCAGCAGCACAAUGCAAACCAUCCGCUUCCUACAGAACAACAUCGUAGCAGAUCACCAAAGGAUCGCCAUAUCCACUGAGCUCUACUAUGAUCUCACUCACCAGGUGAUGAACUUACAGAUGCAGCUAGACAACGUGUCAACAUUCACGGACGAACAUGAGGAGAACAUGCAUGACCUUCACUACCAUUCAAGGUACUAUGAGAACCGGACGGGUGAGCGGUUCUCUGCCUUGGAUGGUCGCUUGAACUCUAUUGAGAUGGAGAUUGUCUCAAUCUCCUCCAGCGUCAAUGCUACUGUGAGCCACGUCCAAAGCAUGUAUAAGUACAUCAACACAGAGAGCUCGUCAUGCCAGACUCGCCUGGGCAGACACACCGAUGAACUGCAGAACUUGAACAACACAGUCUUGCUACUGCUGCACUUAGCUGACACUCUAAGGCAGCAGAACCUGUUGCUGAAUGUCCGACUGGACAUGGACGUCAGGAAUUUGUCUAUGGUGAUGGAGGAGAUGAAACUAGUAGAUGUUCACCAUACACAGCUAAUGCAGAACUUCACUAUACUUAAAGGCGCUCCUGGACCCCCAGGACCCAAAGGAAACCGUGGUGAAAGUGGUCCAAAAGGACCCAUUGGGCUGACUGGCAGCAAAGGUGACCGAGGCCCUACAGGAAAUCGUGGACCUGCUGGACCUAAAGGUUCUCCUGGUCCCAAAGGAGUAUCUGGUGAAAGAGGCCCUAGUGGCAGUAGAGGGGCACAAGGUAGCAAAGGAGAUAAGGGGUCCAUGGGUCCACCAGGCCCAAAAGGUGAGAGGGGCCAGAAAGGUGAUAUGGGUCCCCCUGGUAAAGAUGGUCUCCCAGGACCUCCAGGGUCUCCAGGGAUCGAAGGCCAGGCCGGAAUACCUGGCAUUAGUGGGCCAAUAGGACCCAAGGGAAAACAGGGGCCAGUAGGGCCGCAUGGACCACCAGGAGUCUCUGGACCUCCUGGCUUGCCAUGCAGCCAUGACCGAAUCAACAACCCCACACAAGGGACUGUGGCGCCUGCUGCUGGUUCCAAGAGACAAUAGAGAGAAACAUGGAGUCCGAUGUAAUUUGUCUCGUAUGAAGAAGUUGAAGGGAUCAUGGUCCAAUGCCCAAUUAUCAAUUUCUAUGAAACUGAGGAGGACAAUGAAGAACUUAAUGAACAAGUGCAUCAAAUCAAAUUUAACAUGGGGGAGUUAAAAAGGGUUUUCCUGAUCCUGUGCUGAACUAAAAAGGAAGGCCUAAAACUACAACAGAACUGCUAUUACAAACUGAACUGUUGGUGAGAAGGCAAAAUGACCAAGCCUAAAAGCUGACAGUGUUUGGAAAGACUUUUUGGAAGUGGUCUUCAUAUGACUGAUGGGGUCUGUUACAGUGGAAAUUAUACAACAACAACAAAUUAAUUUACAGAACAAAAUAAAAAACUAAAUCACAAAAUCAGUAGGAAUAUAAAAAAAGAAAAGAAAAACAUCCAUUACUAAAUAUGAAGUCUUGCCUGUUUAAUGUAGCAGAAGCAAAGAAUGUGUUUGAGGUUGUUGUCAAGCCGCUAAAACCUCUUGGGGCAUAAUAAAUGGAAGGGUUGUUAACCACAGAUUUGGACUUAAAUAGUGGCGUUUUCCAUCCAGACUAGCCAAAGGUUUACAUUGUCAUUCACGACUCUAUGGAAAAAUAUCCACUCGUUCUGAGAUUAUGUACACAUUGCUGACAUAACCUUGCCAAUGGGGGUCACUGUUAUUAAAGUGUCACAAUUAAAACCAAAAUCAGUUUUCAUUGGAGGUUCAGAGCGGGUACUCUGAGAACCUUUUUUUCCUUUAGAGGGUUCAAAGGUGAUGAAUUAUUUUGUUGUGGGUUUAUUUUUCAUGUGAAUGUCUCUUACAUGCAGUGAUUAGGGUUUUUUUUGUGGUAAAGUUGUUAGUUUAAAAUAGUAAAAAUGAAAGGUAAAAACAACUGCUGCUGACAUUAGAGAUCAUAAUUGUGAUAAUUCUUAGUGUAAGAUAGGAAGCUUGAUAUCACUCCUAUAUCUUACAGCUUACAGAGCUUAAAGUGGUGAUAAAUCUAGUUUAGCAUAAAGACUGGGGACAUGGAGGAAAGCUAGCUCAAGUCUUUCCAAGAUACAAUAAGGAAAAAAACAGAUUCAGAUGUGCUUUUUGAUCUUUGGAGAUUAAAUUAAUGCUAUUUUCCACUAGUAUCCACUCAGCUUGACUCAACUCUAUUCACUAUUCUAGUGUCAGUCAUUUUGAACACCACCUCAAUGUACAUGGGGUCGUGAUAGCGAUGCGGCCGAAAGUCCAGUGACUUGAUUUGUAUGUGCAACAAGCCCAACACACCAAUGGAGGACGCUUAGGUGAUGGUAUACCUGCGUCUCUGUCUACGGCUUUUUGUCCUUUCUGUGAUGGAGUCACUCUCAUGACAUCACACCAUUGGCCAAUCAGUGGCAUGCAGUCUGUUGAUGUCACAUUUUCAGAUCGACUCAGCUCACUUGGAUCGUUGGCCGAGCAGGUACUAAAAGCACCUAGUACCAGGUACCACCACCUAAUGGAAAACCCAGAAAAACCGAGUCAAGUAGAGUUGAGCCGAACUGAGUUGUUACUAGUGCAAAAGAAGCAUAAGUGCAUCACCUCGUAUAUGUUGACGCUGAGAGAGCUUUAUUUUUUCUCACAUCUAGAAAGAAAGAGCAAAUAAGCUCAUUUCACAUUAUGCGCUACUAAUAUUUUAAGACGUAUGAUGCCUGACAGGUCACAAAAUUAAAGAAGUUUAUAUAAAUUUAUCAAGUAUUAAAAAUAAAAACACCAAAAUUAGGGAUAAUUUUUCUUUACACUUUGAUAAUAUAUAGUAUGGUUUUUUAAUGGUGUUUGGGUCUUAAGAAACACAAAUAAUCACUGAUAUGUCAAAGCGAAAGUUUUACAAAAAGAAUAUCAUAAAAUGUCUGUAAAUCUGGAUGAUGUAAUGAAAUGCGACUGGCUUGCAUUGAACUUCAAUAAAUACUUAUUGUAGAGUUUC